AUGGAGUGCUUCGUCUCCGUCCCGAGCACAAGCAGAGGCUCGGUGGUCCCUUCUGGUCCUUCCCGCACAAGACCUCGUACCACUUCCAGAAAAGGAACUAUCUCCUUGAGAUCAAGGGUCAGUGGCUUCAGCGUGCCCCUCUGCGCCCUUUGGGCACUGCGAGCAAGGCAGAGGCUCGGACAACGCUGCCACAACACCACUGCCAGCAGCAAGAGGGAUGGCGAAGUGGACGUCGUUGUCAUAGGAUCUGGAUUUGGUGGUCUGGCAUGUGCUGGCAUGCUGGCACGCGCUGGGCGCGAGGUCUUGGUCUGCGAGUCCCACAACGUACCCGGCGGGGUAGCACACGCGUUCACAAGAAACGGCUACGAAUUUGACAGUGGGCCCAGCCUACUGUCUGGGUGCUCGACUCCGAUUUCCGCCAAUCCCCUGCGAUUGGUGCUCAAUGCCUUGGGGGAGGACUGCGAGUGGGUGACCUACCCCGGCUGGCGCAUGGUGACGCCUGAUGGCGACUUCGAGUUCAAAGUUGGAAACGAGGCUCACUGGGAGGAGGUUGUGGCCCGCUUUGGCACAAAGAAUGCCGUUCAGGAAUGGCGGGACCUGAUGACAAUCGCCAAGCCUUUGGGCGAGAUCUCGAAGAGUAUUCCCGCAGCAGCUUUGCGCGGUGAUUUGGGGGCUGUGCGAACGCUUCGGCGUUUCUUGCCUCGGCUACCUGCUUUACUUCUGAAUGGCCCGAAGUUUCAGGCUCCCUUUGCUGACCUGCUCCGCGAUGCAGGUGUUCAAGACGGCUUCUUGAAGAGAUGGAUGGACUACAUCUGCUUCGUGCUGCAGGCUUUGCCAGCCGACACGCAUCCCAGUGCCCCUGUGGCAUACAUGAUCUCGGACAUGUAUGAGCCUGGGGCCUUCCUGGACUAUCCGAAAGGUGGCAUGGGGGCGCUCAUCGGUGCAUUAGAGCGCGGCGUGGUCAAACAUGAAGGGCGGAUACGCUACAACGCCCAUGUGAAAGAGAUAGUGGCAUCGCAGGGCAAGGUGACCGGCAUCAAGCUGCGAAGUGGUGAGCAAAUCUCGGCGAGAGAGGCGGUCAUCAGCAACGCAAGUGUUUGGGACACGGUCAAGAUGCUGCCAGAAGGCAUGGGCUGGCCGAUGCCAAAGCCUGCAGAGUGCGGGUCCUUCAUGCACUUGCACCUGGGAUUGAAAGCCGAGGGGCUGCCCGGUGAUAUGCCCCUGCAUUACAGCGUCAUCCGGGACUGGAAGGAGCCGAUAGACGCAACUGGCAAUGUGGUCAUCAUCAGUGUGCCAAGUGUUGUGAAUCCCUCUUUGGCUCCGGCAGGAAGACAUUGUCUUCAUGCUUACCUUGCCGCAACCGAACCCUACGAGCUUUGGCAAGGCAUGCAGCGAGGCACUUCAGAGUACGAAGCCUUCAAGCGUGAGAGGGCCAAGCCGCUUUUCGAAGCCGUCGAGAGGGCUCUGCCCGGAGCCUGUGAGAGCAUCGAGCUGGAACUGAUCGGAUCGCCGCUGACCCAUGCUAGGUUCAACCGCAGGCACAGAGGCACCUACGGACCUUUCAUGCCUUCGAGCGCUGGAAUGCUCCCGGGCCCGUCCACUCCAGUUGAUGGUCUGCUGUGCUGUGGAGAUAGCACAUUUCCAGGCAUUGGAGUUCCAGCUGCGGUGGCCAGUGGCUGUGCGGCAGCCAACGCGCUGCUCUCUGUGGAGGAGCACCUGGAGGCAUUUGGUCGUGCAAUCGAUCCCCAUGGCACUGGAUGCCAUGCGAAUACCAUGAAGGCGCCGAUAUGGGCAUGCUGCCCUGCGCUGCUGCAUUUCUUUCUGAGCGAGAUUCAGUUGCAAAAUCGCACAGCAAAAAAAGUCGGUAGUGCGCCGCCGGAGCCAGUCUCUGUUGAAAUGGCGAUGUUUCAGGUGCCCACUAGGCCAGCCGGUCAUGUCCACGCAGAGUUCAGGGCAGGGCGCAUGGAUUGGGAUGGUCGAAUGGUGACAGCAGACAAGCGAAAGGGCAAGAUUCUGCUGUACACCUCCGAAGAAGACCAAUUGACGCAUUUCCAGUGGAUGGAUCGGAACAAGAACGAGGUAGUUACAGAUCUCAUCGUCAUCAAUGAUGCCUACAUGGAGAAAGUCCAGAAGUGCACGACGGGCCGGGCAUACAUCCUUCGCUUCACUUCCUCGGACAAGAAAAUGUUCUUUUGGAUGCAAGAGCCCAGCGAGGAAAAGGAUGAAGAGAACAUCAAGAAAUUCAAUGAGGCAAUUGGUGCCACGAUCCCAGACAAAGACAAAGGCGAGAAGAAGCCGGCAGAAGAUGCUGCUCCUGCCGCCGGUGAUUCAGGCGGUGACACAGGUGCUGCUGCCCUCAUGGAGGUCCGUGUUAACAGCCUCGCCGGGCAGCUUUGCUGUUUGCGCGGAGACAGCGAGUGGCGUGCUGCUGACGUCAAGCGAGCACUGGUUAAUUUCAAGGAUGGCACCACAAUCCUCAGGCUCAUCCUGGGCUGUGUCGAGCUGCAGGAUCAUGACCUCUUGCAAGAUCCCGGCUGCACACGCGACCUUGACUUAACCUUGGUUCGACGAUCAGCCGCACAUGCGGAGCUUCUGCGGCUUGUGCGUGGAGGGACGCAGACCCUCAGUCGAAAAUGGCUGGCACGUAUGCCAGAGAUAGUCCGUGGAGAUUCCGAGAUAGUACGAGAAGUAUUGCGCAGAGAUGGCGUGGCUCUGGAACAUGCCACAGAGGAGCUGAGGGCAAAUCCGGAGAUGGUAUUGGAAGCUGUACGUCGCAGUGGCUUUGCCUUGGAAUAUGCGGCAGCCCGACUUCGAGAAGAUCGCAACUUCGUGCUGAAAGCAGUUCAGGUCAACGGCUUCGCGCUGGCCCGGGCAUCAAGGUCUUUACAAGCUGAUCCCGACAUUGUACUAGCAGCGAUAAAAGAAGAGGGUGCGGCCUUCGAGUAUGCUGCCGAGGAGCUGAAAAGCGAUGCCGACUUUGCUUUGGAGGUGGUGGAGACGGGGAAAAGCGGAGUCUUGGAGCACAUUUCCGCUGAGCUCUGGGAAGAUCCCUGCUUCGUGCUACGCGCGGUGAAGACGCUGCCAGCGGCCUUGGAGCAGGCCUCGGAGAUCCGAGCGGAGCCGACCUUCGUCUUAGAGGCCGUCGCCAAAAGGCCCGAGGCGCUACCCUACGUGGCACAGGAGCUUUUCGAGGACCCCGCCUUCCUUCUGAGGGCCAUCACAAGGAACCCGAAAGCCUUGAGCCAUGUGGAUAGAGAGCUCGCCUUGGAACCCGCCUUCGUUUUGACCGCCUUGCGAUGCAACGGCGAGGCCUUGCGCUUCGUGUCGCCCAGUUUGUUGAAAGAUACCCGCUUUGCUCAACAAGCCUUGGCCGCGGCUGGGCCCAAGGUUUUGGGGAGCAUGCCAGAGGAGUUUUGGCAAGACAAGGACCUGGCUCAGGCUGCCCUGCGUUCUGAUGAGGCAUCCAUACAGAGGGUCCCAAAGAAGUUUUGGACAGACCGUGACUUCGUACUCAAGGCAGUUCGCUGGCAACCCUCUAUACUCAACAUGAUUGAGCCGAACCUGCUAAAAGACAAGGCCUUUAUCCUCGCAGCAGUUCAGCGCAACUCCACAUGCAUCCGCUACGUGUCUGAAGAACUGCUGAAGGACCGAUCCUUCAUUCUGGAAGCCCUGGAAGUCCACGGGUCCGUGCUGAAGCAUUUGCCCUAUGACAUGCGCACCGACCGGGCGCUCGUUCUCGCUGCACUGCAAAAGACGGGCUUCGUGCUUGGAUUUGCUGACGACAUACUUCGGACGGACAAGACCUUCGUGCUGGAGGCCGUGAAAACGAACGGCUAUUGCUUGAUUGGAGCCCCGGAUUCAAUGAGGCAAGAUCGUGACGUUGUCCUCACCGCUGUGAGGCAGCAGGGUUUGGCCCUCGAAUUCGCGGCAUCGGAGCUCCGUGGCGACGCCGAUGUCGCUCUCGCGGCCCUCGAGAGCUGCCCAGGUCCACUGGUGCAUGUCGAGAAGCGUCUUUGGUCAGAUCGAAGCUUCGUAUUGAAAGCUUCCGAGCGGCAUGGAUGCGCGCUUGAGCAUGCGGACGAUGCACUGCGUCGGAGCCGCGUGUUCGUGCUUGCAGCCUUCGAGCUUAACCCAGAAUGUCUGUGCUAUGCGCACGAGGAGCUACAAUCUGAUCGUGGCUUCAUGAUUGAAUGCCUCAUGCUGAAUCCGCACGCAUUGCCCUUUGUACCUGCAACAAUGCGAAUUGACGUCUCCUUCGCUGCGGCAGCAGCUGCUGCGACAAGCGCGCCUCUUGCUCAGCCUGACAUCUCACCAGGGCUUUCCGACAUGCCCUCCCCGUCGUGGUGA